AUAGCCUAAAUAUCACUUUAAGCUUAAAAUUAAUUUCACACUAUUAGUAUUAGGCUCAUAUUGUGCAUGCUUUUUAAAGAAUGUCAAUUUUUCAUAAAUUAACAACAAAUAAAGAAAUCUUAAGAUCGCUUUACUGUGAACUUAAACUCAAAUCAUUUGAAAAGUAGAUGAUGAUUCCAAGAAGAAGCAUUUCGCACGUGGCAUGAACUCAUUCGCUAUGAACUCGAGUUCCAAUUAACAAGUUAUGUCUUGAGCUGAAAUUGUUCGACGAAAUGCCAAGGUAGAGCAAGUUUUGUCUUGAUGCUCCAUCAACUCUAGAGAAUCAUCACUCGGGUAUCAAAUUUUCACGGCGUACUGACUACUGUGUUCAAUAUAAAGAUUUUGGGUGGCAGUGGUGGUGCCGUUAGCAGCGCUGUUGUGGUGGUGGAAUGACUAUUGGUAUGCUCUGCCGUUCCUCCUCCGCCGCGGCAGCUCUAAGCUCCCUCCAGGCUACAUGGGGUUGCCGUUUCUUGGCGAGAUGGUGGCAUUUCUUUGGUACUUCAAGGUUCUUGGCCGCCCCGACGACUUCAUCAAUGCUAAACGGAGCAAAUAUGGUGAUGGAGUAGGACUGUAUAGAACACACCUCUUGGGAGAACCGAUGAUAAUAGUUUGCACCCCAUCUGCCAACAAGUUCGUGCUGCAGUCGGAGUCAAGCUUUGCGCUCAAGUGGGUCUCCGAUGAACUAGUUGGGAAAACGUCGUUGGUAGCCGUGGAAGGUGAUUCCCACACCAGGGUGAGAGGCCUUGUUGUAAGGGCUAUCAAUCAACCUAAUGCACUGCGUAAGAUCACUCUCAUGGUGCAACCUCGAGUCGUGGCUUCCCUCAGAUCAUGGUCACAGAGAGGUAGAAUCACAGCCUAUAACGAAGCCAAGAAGCUAAUAUUUGCAAACACUGCCAAGUAUUUUGCAAGCUUCGAGACAGACCGUGUCUUGGACACACUCGAUGAUUUAUUCAAGGGCGUUCUUAUUGGAUUCAGAGCUUAUCCUCUCAAAUUUCCAGGAACUGCUUUUCACCACGCCCUCAAGUGUCGUAGGAAAGCAGAGGCGAUAUUUAGAGAAGAGAUGGAGACAAGGAAGAAGUGUGGAGCCUCGGUGACCAAAAACGAUCUGAUGGAGUCACUGAUGCAGAUGGAGGGCGAAGAUGGUAAGCGACUAAGUGAUGUUGAGGUUAUUGAUAAUAUUGUGAGCCUUGUUGUAGCAGGAUACAUAUCAACUUCGUUUUCUGUCAUGUGGGCUUUAUAUUAUCUAGCCAAGUAUCCAGAUGUUCUGCUAAAGCUCCGGGAAGAGCACAUGCCGAUAAGCAAGAAACUGAAGGGAGAUUUCAUUACAUAUGAAGAGAUAGCAUCGUGCAAGUAUACGGCUAAGGUGGUGGAAGAAGUAAUUAGAAUGGCCAACAUUGCAGCAUUUGUCUUCCGCACUGCUAAGAAAGACGUCGACUACAGAGGAUACAAGAUCCCAAAAGGUUGGAAAGUGGCGUGCUGGGUUCGUUACCUUCACACGAAUCCAGAAUGCUUCGAGGAUCCGAUGUGCUUCAACCCGGAUAGAUGGAAUGAGGCACCAAAGGCUGGAUCAUAUCUAGUGUUUGGAGGGGGACCAAGAAUCUGUGCGGGCAACAUGUAUGCUCGAUUGCAGCUUACCAUUAUACUUCAUCAUCUCGUUGUUGGCUACAGAUGGGAACUGGUGAAUCCUAAUGCGAAGAUGGUGUAUCUUCCUCAUCCUAAACCAGCAGAUGAAGUUGAGAUCGAGAUCACUCAAAUUUAAGGACUGAAAGAGUCUUGCUUGCUCAGUUUUCGAACAUCUCUCUCUUGAUUGGUAGAAAAAAUAUGGAGCCUAGUUCUCUGUGGAAUGUAACAAUAAAUUUAUAGCUGCAACUGCAAAGAGAGGAUAUGUUUUAUGUUGUAUUGGAAAGACAAGCCACAAAAUAAUAGCCUUUCUCUUAUACGUAUCACGAAAGUACAUUGUAUUUCGUGAAUAAAAAGAGUACUUCUAUUCUCCAAA